UCCCGAGGCGGCGACUGCCCUUGUCAACCCAAGCCUGAGCGAUCAUGGCAACGGGCUCGGGCGGGGAGCGCGUGGCAGCGGCGGCAGCGGCGGCAGUUUGGUCGCGGGCCGGGGCGGCGGAGCGGCGGCGGCGGCGGUGGCACUGGCGCUGGCACCGGCCCUGAGCGCCAUGCAGCGGGGCAGCUCCGAGAGGGAGCUGGCGGCCCGGUGGGAGGCGGAGGCGGUGGCCGUGACCAAAGCGCUGGCGGCGGCGGAGCAGGUCCGCGUGGACUCGGGCGCGGCCGGGGAGCCGGAACGCAAGACGCCAGAGGAGCAGCCCAAGGACCCGGCCCCGGCGCAGCCCCGCGCGGCCGAGGAGGGGGACGUCCGCGUCGUCCCGCGGCCGCCGCCCACGCUGCCCCUGGCCAAGCCGCAGGCGGCGCGGGCGCGGGGCCUCUGCCCGCACGGGAAGCCUCGGAGCAAGGGCCGGGGCGGCCGACGGAGCUCAGGCCGCGCGGCGGACGAGUACCACUCCCAGCGGCCCGUCACUGUGGACAGCUCCAAGGCCAGGACCUCCCUGGACGCCUUGAAGAUCAGCAUCCGCCAGCUCAAGUGGAAGGAGUUCCCAUUUGGCCGACGCUUGCCUUGUGACAUCUACUGGCAUGGAGUUUCAUUUCAUGACAAUGACAUAUUCUCCGGCCAAGUGAACAAGUUUCCAGGCAUGACGGAGAUGGUGCGUAAAAUUACUCUGAGCAGAGCCGUGAGAAUCAUGCAGAAUCUCUUUCCUGAGGAGUACAACUUCUACCCUCGCUCAUGGAUUCUGCCUGACGAGUUCCAGCUCUUUGUGGCUCAGGUUCGAAUGGUGAAAGACGGUGACCCAUCCUGGAAGCCCACUUUUAUUGUGAAACCUGAUGGUGGUUGUCAGGGUGAUGGAAUCUACCUCGUUAAAGACCCCAGUGACAUCCGCCUGGCAGGGACCCUUCAGAGCAGGCCAGCGGUGGUCCAGGAGUACAUCUGCAAACCUCUUCUUAUCGACAAACUCAAGUUUGAUAUUCGUCUGUAUGUCUUACUCAAGUCCUUAGACCCCUUAGAGAUUUAUAUAGCCAAAGACGGACUCUCUAGAUUCUGCACAGAGCCAUAUCAGGAGCCCAACCCCAAAAAUCUGCACCACAUCUUUAUGCACUUAACCAACUACUCGCUGAACAUCCAUAGUGGUAACUUUGUCCAUUCGGACAGUACUAGCACGGGCAGCAAACGGACUUUUUCUAGCAUUCUUUGUAGGUUGUCUUCCAAAGGUGUUGACAUCAAGAAGGUCUGGUCUGAUAUCAUCUCCUUGGUGAUUAAGACUGUCAUUGCCCUGACUCCAGAGCUCAAGGUUUUCUACCAGUCGGACAUCCCUGCAGGGAGGCCGGGGCCCACAUGCUUCCAGAUUCUAGGCUUUGACAUCCUUCUGAUGAAAAAUCUGAAGCCUAUUCUCCUGGAAGUAAAUGCAAAUCCCAGCAUGAGAAUCGAACAUGAGCAAGAACUUUCUCCGGGGGUCUUUGAAAAUGUCCCCAGCCUUGUCGAUGAAGAAGUGAAGGUGGCCGUGAUCAGAGACACACUACGCCUGAUGGACCCACUUAAGAAGAAAAGAGAGAACCACUUUCCAGAUAUCUAUACGGACAGAAAACACAGAUUCCCUCCGGUUUCUGACAGAAUGCCUUCAUCACAGCUUCCCGUAGUCAGGUCUCAGCAGCUUACGAAGCCAUUAGCUGCAAAGGAGGAUCCUUCCGACAGUGAGCCGGCCAGCGCCUCCGACGGCAACACGGAUCCCGAAGCCCACCUGCCCUCCAUCUGCCUUAAGCAGGUGUUCCCCAAGUAUGCCAAGCAAUUCAACUACCUGCGCCUGGUGGACAGGAUGGCAAAUUUGUUUAUCCGGUUCCUGGGGAUCAAGGGGACGAUGAAGUUGGGACCAACAGGCUUUCGGACUUUUAUAAGGAACUGCAAACUCAGCAGCAGCAGCUUGUCCAUGGCGGCCGUGGACAUCCUCUACAUUGACAUCACCAGGAGGUGGAACUCUAUGACCCUGGACCAGCGGGACUCAGGAAUGUGCUUGCAGGCCUUCGUGGAGGCUUUCUUCUACCUGGCUCAGAGGAAGUUCAAGACGCUGCCGCUCCACGAGCAGGUGGCCUCGCUGAUCGACCUAUGUGAAUACCACCUGUCCCUGCUGGACGAAAAGCGCCUGGUGUGUGGCCGCAGCGGCCCGGCGGGGGGUCGGCCCCUGGACAGCGGCAGCCCCCCGGACGCCACCCCCUCGGCCCCGCCGGUGGAGGGCCACCCCCCGUCCUGCACAAACAGCGCCCCCAAGGCAGCGCAUUCCGGACACGCUCUGUCCUGAUGGCCACUCGAUGCUGCCGAUGAAGGGUAAGCCCUCCGGGGCCGAAGAGGACCCUCUGUGCUCCCCGCCUGUGGAUGGAGGGCAGGCCGCGGAGAACCCCCGCGGGACAGCCCCCUGCCUGACAUGCUGUCUCCAUGUUCUGCUGAGCUGUGCUUUGAAACAGGCUGAUGGCACCCACCCGCCUUCCUCUCGGUGGUCCAACUAUGUGUGAGUCAUCGGUGGACAUAUGACAUCCCAAACGCGACAGAUGGCAUCUUCUAUUCUGGGCUCACAGGAAGCAGCCACCGGGGUAAAACUGUUGCGUUCGGGGCACGGGGCGCCAGCGAUCCUGAGCCCGAGCUGCGGAGAGGAAAGAACUCGAGAUAGCUGAGACUUGGGUCUGCCGGGGCCUCCGAAAGAACACUGGUUAAAUCCCGGGGACAUCACGCUGAUUUCCUGCCACCGUGCUGUGAAAACCGAGUGGAGCUAGUGUGUGGGCACGCCCAACUCUCCCAUCCCGAUCGUGUGCUCCCCGGGUGUAGUUAACAGACUGGCCUCAUUUAUUUCAUUAGCUUGCCUGUCA